AUGGCUUCUUCAUUGGAACCCGAAAAGAUUUACGACGUCUUCUUAAGUUUCAGAGGGGUAGAAGUGCGUCACAACUUCGUUGGCCAUCUCUACCAAGCUUUAAUCCAAAAUGGAAUACACACUUUCCGGGAUAGCGAAGAACUGGAAAAGGGUGAGCAGAUAUCGCUGAUGCUUAUGGAGGCCAUCAAAGAAUCGCACAUUGCAGUCAUCAUUUUCUCUGAGGACUACGCUUCCUCAGAGUGGUGCUUGAAAGAGGUGGUGAAGAUUAUGGAGUGCAAGGAACAAAGGAACCUCACUGUUCUGCCAGUGUUUUAUAAAGUGGACCCAAGAGAAGUGAGAGAGGGAAGAGAAAGUUAUCGAAGAGCUCUGGAUAAGCACAAAUCCAAGUUCGGGGAGGAUUCGGAGAAAGUGAAGAGAUGGGAGAAAGCUCUUUCCAACGCUGGUCACUUGUCCGGUUGGCCUUUGAAUGAUGGGUAA